AUACCAAAUCGAAGAGAAGCCAUUUGCAGCUUUUGCACUUGACCAAUCCCUCGACCAAUCCUCAUUUCUGAAUUAACUAUUGUGUUGUGAAGACGCCAAAAAAAAUUACACUUCAACGAUUCAUCGACCAGUGUUGCUAACGAAACAGUUCAGUGAUUCUUACAUCAUCUUUUCAAUUUAAAUUGGUUCUUUGACUCAAGAAACUACAAUCAAUCAUGUCUACCAUCCGUUUACAAUCAUCCGAUGGCAAAGUUUUCAAAACCAAAACCGAAAUUGCGAAAACUUCAGGCACGAUCAGGAAUUUGCUUGAAGAUUGUCAAAUUGAAGAUGGUUUCGACGCAGUUAUUCCACUAAAGAAUGUGAGCGCAGACAUUUUACAGAAAGUGUUGGAAUAUGCAGAACAUCACAAAGAUGAUGAUGUAUCGCCGGAUGAUGAAGACGACAAGUGUCGACGUACCGAUAAUAUUUCGCAGUGGGAUGCAGACUUCUUAAAGGUGGAUCAGGAAAUACUGUUCCAAUUGGUAUUGGCAGCGAAUUUCCUCGAUCUCAAGGGACUGUUGAACGUUGUAUGCAAGACGCUAGCUAAUAUGCUAAAGAAUAAAACCGCAGAUGAGAUACGCAAAACAUUCGACCUUGUGAACGAUUUUACAGCCGAGGAAGAGGAUCAGAUUCGCAAAGAGAACGAAUGGUGCGGGGAAUAUUAACGGGAGUUCAAGCCAUUGUAUAUGAUUGCUGUUCGGGUUCAAUAAAUAUUUUAAAAAU